GCUUGAAGUUGACGACAAGGACGAGGAGAAGGUUGUGUCCUUCCUACGCCCCGCUGCCCACUUCUUCUCCUGCCUCUCUCGUCUCAUCUCAUCUCAUCGACAACAAGUGAAGAUGGACAGGGCCGUACAAUGCCGUGCCGUCGUCACACGGGCCAUCCAGCUGGACAACCAGGGCCAACACAGGGAGGCGCUGCGACUGUAUGAGGAAGCGGUGUCGACGCUAUCGGCACUGAUUCGAUCAAACGCUGUUCCAGCAAGACGCCAGGACUUUAUCAAGGCCAGAGACCAGUACACAGAGCGCUGCAACAAGCUACGCGCUGCACUUCGCUUUCAGCAGCAACAACAACAACAACAACACCACCCUGCGGUGGGCGGCACCAGCUCACACACUGGCCCACCACCUCCAUACCAAGAGGCGACUUCCCGUCCUACACGGCCCGCGUCGUACCACGAACAGUCAUCCACAGACAUCCCUGCAUCUCCAUCCAAGUCGCCACAACCACAUCAGUCACACAGGAUCAAGCAGGAGGCAACGCCUCCGACAACACCAAGCGCCGCGUCAUCUCACGAUGUACCAACACCAGCAACGACGCCGCCACCACAACACACACAUCAACCGCAACCACCACAACAACCACCACAACAACCUCCACAACAACCACAACAACCACAACAACCACAUCGGCCAAACCAACAGCCACAAGCACAACAGGGCGGCACACUGCACGACUACUGCCGCCUGGAGAUUGGGCCGGAGCACCAGCAGAAGCUGACGUGUGUUGACCACAUGGCGCUGCACGUGGGCGACCGCAACUUCUCCGGAUCAUUUCUCGUGCCCACAGAGCACCUGCAGAAGGCCCUGCGCGGCAUACACGAGAAGCAGGCGUAUCUGCAGCAGCUGGCGGCUCGUGUCGGCAUCAACGUCACGCCACAGCACCACGACAAUGCACCCGGCAAAUAUGCACCACACAACACCUCCCAUCCAACACCACCCGCGUCACCUGCAAACGGACACAAGCACGGCCACCGCCAAGCAAACGCCCACCCGAACAAGCCGCCCAACGUGCACACACCAAGCGACGGUGGUGGCGGUGAUGACAGUGGUGCACAUGAGGACAACGACCAGAGCACAGGCACGGACGAUGGUCUGCCACCACAGCAUGGCCAGCAGCACCACACGCCUCAGGGCGGUGCAAGCGAUGGAACACAGCCGUCAUCUCCCCCACUGCCGAACGUUCGCGUUGGAGCUGACGGCCGCAUUGCCGGUGCACGCGAGGACCACCACCAGGACACCGCCGUGCAGAGGCCCGACAAGCCAGACUCGGGCAUCUACUACCGUGGACAGGCAUGGCAGGAGUACGUGCGCCAGGCCAACCGGCCCGUCGGUCCACGACAGCAGCCGCUGCACGAGAAGGUCUCGCUCAAGGACCGCGUCAAGCACACGUCGCGGGAGCUGACGCGCGUGAAUCCCAACAGCAGAGAUCGCGGCUACUCUCUCGAUGGGCUGGAGAAGGAGUGCUUUAUUGACCAGGACAGAACCAUCGACGUCCCAUUGCCUGCAGGCAAACAACCAACAAAGCUCGCAGAGCACGUGACCGCGUCGGUCAUGUUUGAAACCGCGGCUGUCGGCGCCAAACUCCGCAACACACACAAAAUGGGCGGGGAGCGGGUGAAGGAGAUGGACCACUUUGUCGCGAGCGUCGAGACGCCCCGCGUGCAGCUGCAGCUUCCAGACAUUGCCGUCACCAUCGCAAACCAGAUUAGCCAGGGACUCGCGCCCAUCCCAAUCGCAGGCUGCAAGAGUGACAUGACCAGCUCGGCGCAGGAUGUGACCGUGGACUUGCAUGUCCCGGCUGAGUGUCGUGUUGGGGACAGCAGUGCAGAGACAACAGCGGCUGUGGCGCAACACACGCGUGCGUUGUAUGUGGUCGUGUCCACGCUGGUCACGCGCGUGCUCACGUUUCUGAGCAUGGACGAGUUUGUGUUCUACUACAUGCCCACGAUGCGCGCAGACGCAACCGUGUGCGCGCGCAGCAGCCAAGACGGCCGGCUGUACGUGAACGUGCUCGUGUUUCAGCAGCAGCAAGGCUGUCACCCCGACACGCACGCACCGCGCAUGUCGCGGCGGAUCUGGCGCUAUUGGCUGCAGCGCAUCGCCAUGGCGGACAACGGUGAUGUCGGCCAACACGACUUCAACCGCAGUGCCGAGACCGAUCAACAACAGCAGCAACGACAGCAGCAGCAGGAGCAGCAGAGGAGGAGGAGGAAGAGGGCGACGGGCCUGUACGACAAGCGCGUCCGCCAGCGCUUCAAUGAGCUGGCCAGCCGCCUCGCCCUAUGCUGACACAUGCUUUGGGGGGGG